AUGAAACUAAAUGAUACACUGAUCCAUCCGGCAGCCUUCCUCUUAGUGGGUAUUCCUGGAUUAGGGUCCAACACUCACUUCUGGAUGGCCUUCCCACUCUGUUUUAUGUAUGCCAUGGCCACUUUGGGCAACCUCAUCAUUGUCCUCAUCAUCCGUGCUGAUCAGACCCUUCAUGAACCCAUGUAUCUCUUUCUGGCCAUGCUCUCCACCAUUGAUAUGAUCCUGUCUUCUGUCACUAUGCCUAAGAUGGCCAGCCUCUUCUUCACGGGAAACCAAGAGAUAGAGUUCAACCUCUGUCUGACUCAGAUGUUUCUUAUCCAUGCAUUGUCAGCCAUGGAAUCAGCUGUGCUUUUGGCAAUGGCCUUUGAUCGCUUUGUGGCUAUCUGCCAUCCUCUACGCCAUGCAUCUGUUCUCACAGCACCUGUUGUGGGGAAAAUUGGACUGGCAGCUCUUGCCAGGGGCUUUGUCUUCUUUUUCCCUUUACCCUUCAUCUUGAAGAGAUUGUCCUAUUGCCACAGUAAUACAGUCACCCAUUCCUUCUGCCUCCAUCAAGACAUCAUGAAGCUCUCCUGCACAGAUACCACAGUCAAUGUUGUCUAUGGGCUCUUUAUCAUCCUCUCUGUCAUGGGAGUUGACUCACUUUUCAUUGGUUUCUCCUACAUUCUGAUUCUACAGGCUGUGCUGGGGCUAUCUUCCAGGGGGGCUGCCUUCAAGGCCUUCAAUACCUGUAUCUCUCAUCUCUGUGCUGUCCUGGUGUUCUAUGUGCCCCUCAUUGGCCUGUCUGUGGUGCAUCGGCUGGGUGGCCCCACUUCACUGCUCCAUGUGGUCAUGGCCAAUGUUUAUCUCCUACUUCCCCCUGUUGUCAAUCCCAUUGUUUAUGGGGCCAAAACAAAGCAGAUCAGGGUUAGAAUUCUCCAUAUGUUCCAACACGAGGCUGGGUAA